UUUGAUAUUAUUGAAAUUGUAAAAGUACGUUAAAUUAUUAUUAUAUGUAAUGCAAUUAACAUAGUACUAUACGGAAAACAGGAAAACAAAUAAAGCAUGAAUUAAAAUGCCAAUUAUGUACACAUAUAAUAAGAUAAACCAGUUCUUGAAUCUUUUUGGGUGCUGUCGCAGACAGCACACAAUAGCAUAGUUUACACAGCGCGACCUGACCUAUGUCCUAACCUGUACCCCGACCUAAAGUAGGCUACUAAUAAACUGUUUAUACGCGUUAUGUUGUAUGGCCUAAAAUGGGUCAGGGAUUGUGUUUACAUCGUUGUGACCUAUUGAAUUGGAUCGAGUAUAGUGUAUAGGACGCGGACUAAACAUACGGUAUAAAUUAGGUCAAUGUCCAAAAUCAGAACAUAUGCAGUAAGCAAAAAGUCAUUGCUACAACAUUGCUGAUAUUCACUAACAUAGUAACUUAACGUUGUCAAGUAUGUUGUACAAUAAUUUGUUCACUUUUUAUUUGAUAUGUUGCGCGUUUCAACGUAAUCGUUUCUGCCUGUCCAUUCUCGAGCAAUUUCGGGGGUCUUCAAUCAUCAGCGCCCUUCGGUCGCGUGUGUAGCUCUCCAUUCCCCCUACUUCACUUAACCUAUUUCCGUCCAACCGUACAUUUUUGGACACUUGUGUAUCUUGGUCAAACCUCAUGAGAAAAAAAUUCCAUAAAUACUUUUCUAGUGGUAAAAAGAAUUGCUCUUUCCAUUUGUGAUAUUAGUUUUAACACAGAACCCUCGGUAAAAUUAAAAUAUGGGCUAUAAUGGGGAUGAAAGUAAAUCUAACGGUUUUCUCAAUAUUACAAUCGUAAUUCUUGUUGAGAGAAUUUUUUUUAAGUCUGAAAAACUAUAAGAUAACAUCGUAAAACAUUUUUUACAUUUUCACCCCUCUUCAUCCUCACCCCUAAUUCUUGUAUAAUUCUACUCCCAAACAAGAGAUACAAAUGGAAUUCAAAUCGAAAUUUGAAACGAGCAUCUUCAAAAACUUCGAGAAUGAAAACGGCACAAUUUUGUAAUUUUUUGAUACUACACGUAUUUAGGGGGUGGGGAUUAAAGUAUCGGAAAAAAUAACAAGGUUUUCGAAGAUGCUUGUUUCAGAUUUCAAUUUGAAUUCCAUCUUUAUCAAUGUCAGAAAUGGAAAGAGCAACCCUUUUUAACACUACAAAUGUAUUUAUGAGAUUUCUUUCUCGUAAAGUCUGACAAGAUACGCAAAUGUCCAGAAAUGGACGAUUGGGCGGAAAUGAGUUAAAGAACGUGUCUGUAGCUCGCCGCACGUGAUAUCGUGAAAGAAUAAAAAUGGAUAAGGCCUCGCGUAGAAUCACGAUCCAGAGAUUCAUAAAGAUAUUUACCGGUAUUGAAGAAAUAAAAAUAGCUGCAGACAAAAGAUCUAAGAUGUUGCACCGUCAGUUUCAAUUUACUUGGUGCAUCUGCUUAGUUGUAUUAUUCUGUGUUUCUGUACAAACUCAAGAAUUUAAUGAUGGUCUUAUUCAAAUAUCACCAGCUUAUGCCAUUGCUUCAAAAGCCGACCUUUUGAACUCAACAACAUGCGGAAAAGAAUUGCAGAACUUUCGAGAUGCUGUUAAUCGACGAUUAUUGUGGAGUUUAAGAAUUUUAGAUUCCAGUGGUGGAAUUAAACCAGGUUUUCUUUAUGGAAAUAAUUAUUGGUUAGGCAGUCGUAUUCAAUGUCUCGAUACGAUGAAUAGAAGUCCUCUAAUGAUUUCACCACAGAAAAUAAUAAAUGAUAAGCAGUAUCGUGAUCCGCAACAAGAAUUUCCGCCUUUCAAAAUAAAUUACUUUGUCGCUUAUUUUAAACACAAUAGUACUUUUCAAUAUCACGUAAAUAUAUUUGACGAGGACUUAGUAACACUAGGACUCUGUCUGCCAGCAUCGUGUUCUGUAAAUAAUCUAAGUUUUAUUUUGCAAAGAAUAUUACAUGAUAAAAGCAUCUUAAUGCACAACCUUUAUUUUGUGGAUCUUUAUCUAAUUCAAGUUAAAGAUCUAGAAAACAAUGACAAGUGGCUAUCCAAAAGUGCAUUAAUUUUUAUUUGUGCAUUUUUAGGGCUUUGUUUCAUGACAACAAUCGGAACAAUAUAUGAUAUACUGGUGUAUCAAAAAAAUGUAAAAAAUAAUGAACAGAACGAAAUCGAUGACGGUAUCAAAGACGUUUCUAAAGAAAGAGAAACAAAAUUAAAUUCAUCCUCGCAUUGGAAAAGUAUAAUUGGAAAUAUAUUAAUGUGUUUCUCCGCUUACACAAAUACGAGAAAAAUAUUUAAUAUAAAAUUAGAUGAUGAGAUAAUGGUCAUUCAUGGUUUAAAAUUUCUAAAUAUGUGUUUCAUAAUAAUGUGUCACAGCAUGUAUUAUGCAUUAGAUUCUAUCGAUAAUAAGAUAGUGUUAUUGAGAUUUAUUGAGAGUACUGGUUAUUUAAUUGAUCCAUUUAUUACAUUCCUAAGUCCAGUCGAAACUUUCUUUUUUUCAAGUGGAUGUUUGGUGACUUAUUUGUAUCUGAAAAAGAAUGUACUCUUUAAACCGAUUCGAUGCAGAAAGAAAUUAACUGAAUUCUCUAUCUAUAUAAUAAGAAGAUUUUUUCGAUUGACACCGACAUACGUGAUGGUGUUAGGAAUAUUACAAUUAAGUACCGCUUGGUUUGACAAAGUAUCACAGAUUUAUAUAUACGAGAGGUCACAUGAAACCUGCGCGAAGUAUUGGUGGAGAAAUCUAUUGUACAUAAAUAAUUUCUUUGGUAUUGACGCAAUGUGCAUGAGUUGGAGUUGGUAUCUAGCUAAUGACAUGCAAUUUUUUGUAAUCGCUGUGGCAAUAUUAAUUUUAUCGACUAUGUACUUUUACGCUGCUGUUAUAACAUUGGGUACACUUUUAAUAGGCUCCACCAUUGUUAGCGGUUAUAUUUCAUACAUUUAUACAUAUGUACCAACACUUAAUGAAACGUAUAGACUCCAAGAUAUUUUAUACAUUCCACCAUGGACGAGAAUAAAUUCAUACAUUGUUGGAAUAAUUGCAGGUUAUACUUUAAUAAAAUUAAAUCGUAAUUUGCUCUUAAAAAGAGAAAUUGUAAUUCUGUGUUGGUGCAUCUUUUGUUUUGCCAGCGCUUGUAACAUUUUCGUGUUAUUUUACAAGCAAAUCGAAUCCGAUUUAACUGUUGCCAUUUAUGUUGCUUUUCAUAAAACAUUUUGGACCAUAGGUAUAGCAUGGAUUGUAAUAGCGUGUUCUACUAAACACGGAGGCAUUGUUAACAAGUUAUUAACACUUAAAGUGUGGAUUCCUCUUAGCAGACUCACGUAUUGCGCUUAUCUUAUACAUCCUGUCGUCAUACGGUCGAUUAGGUAUUAUAGUGAAACAUCAAUUUCUUUUGAAUUUCUGUCUUUUGUUGUUCUAAGUUUUGGUUACAUUACGAUCAGUUACUUUUGUGCUUAUAUAUUGUCUUUGACAGUAGAAAUACCUUGUAACUCGUUAAUACGAAUGUUUAUACAACAUCGUAAUAGGGUGCAUAGGAAAGUAUUGUAAUUUUACAUACAAAUAUACAAGGUACUAUGUCAUAUGCUAGAAGUUUAGAAUUAUUUAAGUAUUUCAAAUGUACGUUUUAGAAAGAAAACUUUAAAACAAAUAUUUUAAGAUUAAAAAUAUGUUAUAUUUUCAAAAAAUUAUUGUAGAUAUAAAUUAUGGAAUAAAAAAUUAAAGGAAAUAAAAAACAGUUGUCAUAAGAAACAAAAUACAUGUUAUUUUAGUCCCGAAUAUAUUGUUGCACGCGAUUACGGGCGGAAACAAAACAAAUUCCUCCACUUUUAAGAACCCACAGAAUUUUUUUUAAUUGAGAUAACAGUAACAAGAGCGUUCGUCGUUGCUGGCGACCAGGCUUCAACUUUGUUGUUUUAUUUUGUUAAGCUCUUGUUAGCUGACGAGACUACUGCCAAAAUUACUAUAUCAAUCGGUCAACACAGAUAAACGGAUCUAACGGACGCAACAAUAUCAUCUUUAUAAAAUUAUUAUAUUUAUUAACAUAAUUUUAUUAAAAUAUCAGCAAAUUUAUUAUCCGGACAAAAUUUAGGUUAACGCUGGUGAUGUUAAAAUGUUAAAAUAGUGAUGUUAAAAAAAAAGUUUGGGCGAAUAAAGCUAUCAAAUUCGAGAAUGAUUCAUUUCUCUGAAGAUUGACUACAGAGUCAACUAAUUCAAUUAAGUGAUAAAGGCAAACGAUUAAUUUUUCUGCGUAUUUGCAAUACUGCUUUCGUUCCUGGCGGACUUUUAUGUUUUGAA